AUGGCGCCGACUACGGUCAACAACCCCCUCGAAACUCUGGAUUCCCUGGUCCAGUCCACGACGAGCCUGGUCGCCCAACUCGAGACGCUCCUCCACUCGGUCGCGAGCAGUACUACCUAUGCGACGAUUACUUCUCCGUCCACCGACUCACAAGCCCCCGAUGUCCUCUCGCUCGCCCAUGAUUCCGCCAGCCUGAUCAAGGCGCACACCACCAAACUCUCCCUCCUGAUCAUCAACGAACCCUUCACACCGUCCGCCAUCGUUAAGGUCCUGCGUGAGCUGGUGGGCGGACCCAUACCCGGUAUUGCAACCGCCGUCCAGAUCUGCGAACCCCACAACUACACAACAGUCGCACGCCAAGACCUUGCCUGGAGAUGCUAUCGCGUGUUGAAGGAGCUCAAAGGCCUCGUUGCCGCAAUACCUUUUGAUGGGAAAGCUCUGCCAGACGCCCGCAAGAACGGCUCCAGCGGGGGCAAGGGAAGCAUUGCCGCCACCGGUGUCAUUUGGGCUGCCUGUGACGAUGUCAUGCUACUGAAGAAGCUGGGCAUUGCCGGACUGCUGGUCAAGAAGGUCGAGGAUUAUAGGGACACACUGAAAGAUGUCCUGGAAGAGCUGAAGGAGUGGAGCGAGGAGGUGGAGGACGAAGACGAAGACGACGACGAAGCUGCCGACGACGAGGACGAGGUGCACCAUGUCACGGGCCAGAUGCAAAACACACAUAUCUCAACGCAGGAAAUGCUGGACGACCUUAUGAACUCCCAACGCAUACCCCGGGACGACCCUGACAAGAUCCGAGAGCGGCUAGACUCGUGCCUGAAGCGACUACGACUCACGACUCUGCUCUACUCCGCCAUAGUCAAGCGGCGGCUGAAGAUCAUGCCUCCGCUGCCUACCCAGACUCCAAGCCCUGUCGCGCAGCGAUUAGAUGAGGUUUUCCCCAUCUUGAAACGGCUGCCGCAUCGCUUCGGCGAGGUUGCUGGCGCGUUCUACGACCUAGACCCGAACGCCAUAGAUAGGGCCAUGGACUCAUGCUUUUUCGACGUCUUUGCCGCGUCGGAGAUGUUGUCUAAGCCUUGGAUUGGAGAAACGGACGAGUUCACAGAGUGGGUAGCCAAGUUCAAGGUCAGCAUCAAGAAGCCCGACUAG